CAGUCAGGGAGAAGUUUGACAACUGAGAGGAAGGAGCAGAUGUUGAGAACUCUUGGUAGAAAGGAGGACAUGAGAGGGGAAAUAGCAGACUCUGUGGAAAAAUAAAGCAUAUGAAAGAGAGGCUGUUGCUGACGGAGUGGGAAUAAUCAAAGUCAGACGACAUGAUGUGGACAACAACUGUCCUUCUGCUGCUUGUGCCUCAUCUGCUUUCCUCCACAGAGACGGGAAACAGUGCCAAUUUUAACGAAUCAGACAUAGUUGAUGAAGACUUCUCUGAUGCUCCUGUGAAAGGCCAGAAAGUUGCUGGAGGGGUCAAAGGUCGGGACACGUGCUCCAUCCCGUGUGACAUCACUGUCAAGCUGCUACGAGAUGAGAAACAUUCGAUCUGUGGCCAGUUACAGCAGACUCUGUUGGCGUUUGGACGCAGCACCCGGAAGCUGAUCAGAGACGUGAUGGAGGAGCAGCAGAGGGCUCUGGACAUCCUCAGCACUCAGGUCACAGAGCUGACGACCAAAGUGCAGACGCUCAACUCUGAGGUUCAGAGAAGCAACACGGAGAUGUACUCCAUCAAACCUGUGCAAUCCCACGGACGGGACUGCAGUGACAUCAAGGACAAUCUUAUGUCAGUUGUGCCCAAGAUCCCGAGUGGUAUUUACAUCGUCCACCCGGAGAAUACAGACUCUUCUUUUGAGGUUUUCUGUGAGAUGGACUACAUGGGGGGCGGAUGGACGGUGAUGCAGCGGAGGACUGAUGGAUUAACGGACUUCAAACGACCCUGGGCGGAUUAUGUUGAUGGCUUUGGACAUCUUGCAGGGGAACACUGGUUGGGUCUGAAGAAGGUGUUUCAUAUAGUAAACCAGAAAGAGACCCGCUUCCAGCUUCACGUCGCUUUGGUGUCGCAGGAUGACGUCACCUCUUAUGCUUCAUAUGAUGAUUUCCACCUGGACAAUGAAACCCAGUUUUUCUGUAUUCACCUGGGCAGAUAUUCGGGAAGCGCAGGUAAAAAAUCCCAUUGA